GGAGGAGGCUGGGUGUGAGCUGGGGGCUGCAGCCAGGGACCACACUGGAUCUCAGAGGGGCCACAGGAGAGAGUGAGGAGAGCUUUCCACAGGCUCAGCCUAGGCUGGGCUGCUCCAAAUGCCUCCGACCUUUUGUUUUUCCUCGAGACUGAAGGAGUUCUAGAGAGCUAGAGAGGAGGUCUAGCCAUUAAGAGUGGUAGAGAUGGAAGGUGGUCCUGCGCCUUUGGGAAUCUCUUGUCUAGGUCAGUCCUUCUUGCCCUGGAGAUCUGAAGAGACCAGAGCAAGCCGGGACCCCACUGGGACCCUCCUCAGCCUGGAUGCAAACCCUUACCCCAACCUUAGAAUCUAGCCUGGCCCCUAGUGGUCUCUUCAGGCCAGCGCCUCAACCAAAUGUUUCGUAGUGAUUGCUCUGAGGUCCUGAGAUCAUCUAGGAAGAAAAGGAACGGCUAAGAAAAGGGGUGCGAGCUAGACACUUAGAAGAACUUCCCUCAGCACCCUCAUCAAGUCUUGCAGGAACCAGCAGCUGUGAUCCGCUGUUGAUAUCCUUGGGCCCUUAAAAUGGGUUUGGGCAGAACUGUCUGUCCAAAUUCCAAGACUCCUAGGGGUGAGGGUAGGCAGGGCGACAAAUCCCCGAUGCCUGCUACAGAAAAUAAGGCGCGCUGCCAGAAGGGCGGAAAAGCUGGUGUCCCCAUCCGCGGUCUUCCAGCCUCUCGCCUCCUCUCCCAGAGCUCCGCCGCCCGCCUCCUGUCCCCUACGCUGGAAAGUCAGCGUCCCAGGUCCCCAGGCUGCGGGCCGGCAGGGGAGGAGUUAACUCCGGAGGUACCGACUGGGCUCACGGUACCUGCCGCCGCCGCCGCCGCCGCCAGUGGGAGGGACGAGGAAGCGGGAGCCGCCUGGGCGCCAGGAGCGCUCCAGUCUGGCGGGGCGCAGCGCGGGGAGCGGGCGGCCGCGGCUCGGCUUGGCCCGGGGCGUCCGCCAGGGGGCGCGCCGCGACGGGGCGGGAGGGGCCGUCUGGUCUGGGGAAUUAGCACCGGGGACGGGCGCGCGCGCAGGUCCCCAGCACAUCUGGGCGAGAGCCGAGCCUCUGGAAGCGAGCGGGGCGCCGAGCGCCUGUCUGGAGCGGCAGAGCCACCGCGCAGCCCGGAGCCCCUUCGAGACGCUCCGGGCUCACAUCUGGGACCGGGAGAAGGGACCGCGCGGCGCGCAGCUGGACGCGGGGAGGGGGCGGCGGCUACACAGCUGGACCGAAGGGGGCGGGGUCGGUCCCAGCGACGGGCUGAGGGGGAGGGCCGCGAGCCACCGGGGACCCGAGCAUGGGACAGCGCGCCUGAAGGAGCAGCCCCGGGAAGAGGGGGCCUGGGACCCUGA